AUGGACGCCUCUUCCGACAGCGCCGCGAAAACAGCCGACCGCCCCAAGGCCUACACCAUCAAGUACAAGCGCCCCCGCGGCUCGCGGGCUUGCACCGUGUGCCGUGCCCGCAAGGUCCGCUGCGACGCGGAAAUCCGCCUCCCGUGCACCAACUGCAUCACGUUCGGGUGCGAGUGCUUGCUUCCAGAGAACAAGCGGAAAGGCCACGCCAGCGGCGGCGAGAAGCCCCCGCACAAGCCGCCUGCCAGGGACGCGGCGGCCCAAGGCACGCCGCAGCACGCCCCGUAUACCCGGGAGACGCCCGCGGCGCCGCGUCCGAAGCCCACGCUUGCAGAGCACGCUCCUGUCUCGGAUCCCAUCCACAACAUCUCGCAGGUGGCCGUGCCCCCGUCGUUGACGUCGGGCUUCAGGAGCCGGCCGUCGCCUCACAACCCCGAGCCCGCGCCGGGCGAGGGCCGCUCCUCCGUGACCUUCGUGGGCCAUUCCAGCAUCCGGCUCAUGGCCCAGAAGGUGGGCCAGAACCACCUCGAGCUAGCGCACGACUUGUUCGAGGACCCGGGCGGCCUGCACCUCGACGCCGUGGAGCUCGAGAUCCUUAAGUUGCGCGGCGCGUUCUUGUUGCCCGCGGCGGACUUGGCCGCGGACCUCGUCAACCUGUACUUCGAGCACGUGCACCCCCUCAUGCCCGUGAUCAACCGCACGGAGUUCAUGGCCAAGUACAGCGACCCGGCCGACUCGCCGUCGCUCAUGCUUCUCCACGCGGUCUUGCUCUGCGGGUCGCGCGUGUCGAAAAAUCCGCUUCUCUUCGACAGCAACAACCUGAGCGACUUGGCCUCGCUCACGUUUUUCCGCCGCGCCAAGGCCUUGUACGACACGAACUACGAGAGCGACCCCGUCUCCAUCUUGCAGACCGUGCUUCUCAUCGGCUCCUUCUGGGAGGGCCCGGAGGACGUCACGCGCAACUCCUACUACUGGACCCGCGUGGGCGUGGGGCUAGCGCAGGGCUUCGGCUUCCACCGCGACAUCAGCGCCUCGCCCACGGUCGCAGCCUCCGAAAAGAAGAUCUGGAGACGCAUCUGGUGGUGCCUCUUUGAGAAGGACCGGAACGUGGCCAUUGCGUUCGGCAGACCCACCACCAUAGACCUUGCCGAUAGCGACGCGCCCAUGCUCACGCUCGAUGACUUCAACGAGGACGACCCGGAGCGCGGGAUUGUGUCGCCGUACCCCGUGAACCUCACCCACGCGCUCUACUUCAUGCACUUGGUCAAGCUCGCCGAGAUCACGGGGCUCAUCAUCAGCCAUCAGUACACCGUCAAGGCAGAGCUGAUGAAGAGAACAAACAAAUUCUCGGUCAUCCAACGAUGCGACAUGUUGAUGGGCAUCUGGUUCAACAACCUCCCCUCCGAACUCCAGUUCUCGUUGACCGACCCCUCUAAACAAAGCUUUUUCGCCUGUCUCCUCAACGCCCAGUACUACAACCGCCUCUACUUGGUCCACAGAGCCAACUUGUUGCGCAUGGCCAGGUCCUCCUCCACCAACCCGAACAACUACAAGUACCCGUCCUGGGGCAUUUCGUUCCAGGCGGCUCGGAUGAUAUCCAUCGUGUCUAAAAUCCUACUCGAUAAAGGACUACUUGGAUACUGCCCCGUGAUGUUCGUGUACGUUUUGUUCAGCUCGUUGAUUAUGCUCAUAUAUCAUGUUGACUCCUCGAACCCCGUCAUCGCGUCCACUGCCUCCGACUCCCUAUUCAUCUCAAAGAGCGUUCUCAAAGAGUUGGGCAAGUACUGGCAGGUGGUGGGAGUUCUUUUGAAGCUCUUCGAUAAGUAUGCAAACGACAAAAUCAAGCGCGCACAAGUUAUCAAAAGAGGUUCGAUUAUCGCUGAAAUGCAAGAGAGGAAAUCCGACCAAGAGCACGACAUCAAGAGAGAAGCGAUGUCUGACCAGAUUCCGUCUGCUGGACAAGCUGCUCCCUCAAUGGUGCCAGACGGCAGCAAAAAUUAUCCCUCGGGUCAUUUGAAUAAUGAGCAUACGGCAUAUCAAGAUAAUGGUAAUGUCUCCCCGGGAAUAGAACAGCUUGUGCGUCAGUAUAAGCGCAAAUUGCAGGACGAAGAGGAUAAGAAUGCCGAGAAUACCAAGCAGGGAUGCUCUUCCAACACAGACAACACGCCGAACUCAAACCAUUCACUUCAAGACAUCUUCUUGGUGACUGAGAAACAAGCGCCGGAGAAUAACUUUUUAGAAAACUUCGAGCCCACGCAGUUAUUCCCAAUGGCAUUGCACAGCUACCCUGUCUCCAGAGCGCAGUCUCCACCCACUGUCACCACUGAAGUGAAAAAUGAGCACGAAUAUGCGCAAUCACCUACACCAUUUAUGCAAGGCGCAUUCCCAUCGAAGAGCAGCACCAAUCUCAUGUCUGGAGACUUGUUCACUAACUUUGUGGAUAGCUCAUAUAUCAACAUGAAUUUGCAGUCGCAUGUCGAAGACGAAGAUUUUUUGACCGAUGAUUUGGGCGGACUCUUCAAUUUGCACUAG